UCAGAAGUCGAAACGAGACAAACAAAUUCGGAAACGAAAAACUCUCGAACAGGUGAAAACGUUGAAAGUCACCGAGGGUGUGAGCGCAGAUAUUAAAAAUCGGAAAUCAACUUUCAGAUACCAGGCAUGUUGAGCGGUCCGGCGCAACAGCGGCUGGAGGACAUGUCCUGGCUGGCUUCCGGUCCGUCGCUGGAGUAUCAACAGGGCAUCUCGCCGAUUCCCGCGGGAGUGAAGAUGUGCCAUCCAGGCAGUACCGCUCAAAGGAGCCUGAAGGAGCAACGGAUACGUCGCCCGAUGAACGCGUUCAUGGUCUGGGCAAAGGUCGAGCGCAAGAAAUUGGCCGACGAGAAUCCUGAUCUCCACAACGCCGAUCUCAGCAAGAUGCUCGGUAAGUUCAGCCUCGAUAUUCCACGAAUAUUUCUUCUGUUUUAUGGACUUUCAAUGGAACGAAGCCAAUGGAUUCUCAACGAGACGAUGAAAGUUUUUGCGAAUGGAUAAUAAAACGUUGCAAACAAAGUCGGGAAGCAAGGAAUAUUUCGUUUGAUGAAUUUUUAAAAUUGAUAAACUUAUAGGUAUCUAUCUGCAACAUUUGCUUAAUUUAAUUCGAAACUAGGGGUUUGCUUAACGAAACUUCAAAUCGAAGAGCUAGGAAAAUUCCUCAAUUUGGUUAAUUAUUUGAUUUGUUCUACGUCAUAGUUUCUCUCAAGUAUCAAUUUUUCAAAUUAUGACUUGUAACACACGAAUUUACGAAUUGAAAACAAUCGAGAAUUCAACAAUUCGUUUUUUUUUUUUUUUUUUUUCUAAAAUUCAGCUACUCGAGUCCUCGUUUUUAGCAAGAAGAAUCGUAUCUGCUGUUGAUCGUAAAAUUUUAGAAACGAGACACUACAGACAUUUAAGAAGUUAUUGGAAAUUUAAUUCAAUUCAAUGAAUCAUUAAAUUAGUACUAAUUCGUUUGAGAACACUCUGAGAGAUACAUACAGAAAGAAUUUAGAAAGGCGUGUUGCCUUUGUACCGAACGUUCCAAUACUUCCUACAUACUGUAAUAGAGACAUAAUUAAUUACCAGGCUGCGUUAUUUUUAUUACAUUUGUGAGAAAUUGAAAAGUGAAAUAUGUAUAAAAUAUCUAAAGUAUUUUACUGCGUUUGGACAGCGAAUUCUUAGGAUUUUUAAGAUUCCAAACGAUCUACAAAAUUCAAUGUGUGUAAAAAUAUUAAAAACGUACGAUACCCUAUUACAACACUUAGUAUAAAAUGGAUUUUUUUUUAAGUUUGUCUACAAAAAUAUAAAAUUGCA